AUGCAUAGACGUUUAGGCUCGAAUAUUCCUAUGCCUGUAGCCAUGUGGGAUUUCAAACAUUGUGAUCCAAAGAGAUGCUCGGGUGUGAAACUGGCUAGACACAAUAUGCUCAAAACCCUCAAGGUGACGCAAAAAUUCAGAGGCAUUGUUGCAAGUCCUGUAGGAGAGAAGGCGGUGUCGCCUGCAGAUCGACAUAUAGUGGAGCAAUUCGGCGUAGCAGUGGUGGACUGCUCAUGGGCGAAAAUUGAUGAAGUGCCAUUUUCUCGUAUCAAGUCUCCUGGCGACCGAUUACUCCCCUACCUGGUUGCUACUAAUCCAGUCAACUAUGGUAAGCCAUGGAAGCUGAACUGUGCUGAAGCCCUUGCAGCCUGCUUCUACAUUACAGGUAAGCUGAGGUUUCCUGAACACGGCGAGGAAUUACUCUCAAAAUUCAAAUGGGGUCAUGCUUUCCGCAAAGUCAAUGGCCAUUUAUUGGCCAAGUAUGCGAAAUGCCAGGAUUCAGCAGACGUCGUCAGAGUGCAAAAUGAAUGGUUGGAGCAGAUUGCAAAUGAACAUAAAGUUGCUCGGGAAGUGAAUGAAGGUAAAUUUUCAUUUUGA